AGUCCAGUUAGCGCGCUCCCUCGGCCAGGGCAGUCACUCAGCGGCCGGCGUCAGCGAUCCAGCACUCAGUCUGCGCUACGAGAUCCCCUGCCGGCAAGUUCAGCGUAGGUGCCGGGGGAGGUGGAAUGUCGGCUCGGCUCCUGCAGCAGGUGCUACGUCGGCCGCCAGCAUGAAGACGCGGGCGCCCUGAAGGCUGGCGCCUUGGCACCGGCUCUUCUGCUGGAGGCGUGCAUGGCGUCAUGGGCAUCUGCCUCGACACAGAGCAGCAACGGAGCUCGUCGGCGCGGCAGGCGGAGGAGAGCGGGCGUGGUCCUCGGGAGGCGUGGACGUACGACGGCCCGCCUCGCACCCCGGAGCCCGAGGGGCGCGCCUCGCCGCUGCACAACGGCGCGCACGUCAAGUUUGAGGUGCCCAAGGUGCCCGUCAUAUUCGUCCUCGGCGGCCCUGGCAGCGGUAAGGUGACGCACUGUGACACGCUGAUGCAGGAGAAGCGCGGCAUCACUCACAUCAACAUGACGGACCUGCUGCAGCAGUACGCCAUUGGUAACGACAUGAAGGACUUCGGCCACCUGUCGAGCAAGACGGUGACGGAGGUGCUGAUGCUGGAGAUGAAGAUGGCGCCCGCCGCCAAGACUUACCUGGUGUCCGGAUACCCCAGGAGCAUGCGCGACGUCGUCGAGUACACCGAGAAGAUCCAAAUCGUGAACGGCGUGAUCCUGGUGAGCUGGCGGCAGAAGGUGCUGGAGCGCCAGAUCGAGUACGGCGCCAAGCUGGGCCACGUGGUGCUCAGUCUGGCGCGCAUGGAGCUCAACAACUUCUACAAGCACGUCAUGCCCGUCGCCGACUACUUCGACCAGCGCGGCAUGCUCUACGCGGUGAACGGGGAGCGGGAGCCGGCGCUGGUGUACCGCGACUUCCGGGCGGCGGCGCUCCGGCUAUUGGGCGUGCACGACACGACCGCCCCCGCCGCCCCCGUGCCGCCCGCGACGCCCGGCCUCCUGAACGGCGGCGCCACCGUCGCACCCGCGCCCGCCCCCGCACCUGCCCAGAACAACCACAUCCGCAACGGAGGCCCGCCAGCUGCCGUGGCCAACAAGAUGGCCGUGAACAAGAUCGCGGCCUCGAAGGCGGUGCUGGCGCAGCCGAUGCUUGCCGCGCAGACCAACUCGACGCCUCCCGCCGCCCCCGUCACGCCGCCGGCCGUGGAAGCGGUGCCCGUGUACCGUGCGCCUGCCAAGGGCUUCCCGCCGGUCAUCUGGGUCAUAGGCGGUCCGGGCAGCAACAAGGCGGCGCUGUGCGACAAGGUGGUGCGCGCGGCGGCGGGCUGGGCGCACUGCAGCGUGGGGAGGCUGCUGCGGGCGGCGGCAGAGGCUCCGGGCAACAGGAACGCAGAGGACGCUCCGCAGCUGCGGCAGGCCAUCGCCGCGGGCGACAUGGCGCCGCAGAUGUACGUGCUGCAGCUGGUCGAGUCCCAGAUGAGGACGCACAUGAGCGCACAGGGCAUCAUCAUGGACGGCUUCCCCCGGGACAUGAAGCAAGUGCACGAGUUUGAAAGCAAGUUCAACCAGCAACCUGAGUUGGUGCUGCUGGACUGCUCAAAGCUGCAGCUGGGCCGCGGCCGGCUGGACGAUAGCGUGGCGGCCUUCCGGCGCCGCCUCGAGCUGUUCCGGGAGCAUACGCUGCCCGUGCUCAAGACGCUGGACUCGGAGGGCCGGCUGGCCAUCGUGGACGGCGACACGGACACCCCGCCGGUGCAGCAGGAGUUCCACAGCCUGCUGAUGGCCAAGGUGGAGGCGCUGCGCCGCACCGGCGGCAUGAUCGUGCCGCAGCUGCAGCCGCAGCAGCAGACCCUGCUCACAGACCUAGAGGCGCAGCCCGAGAUCAACUCCGUCAGCCGCAUCGUCCACCAGCAGCAACAGCAGCAGCAGCUCCAGCAGACCCAGCUGCCGCACCAGCCCCACUACCAACCGCACGCUAACGGGGUCGUCAGACCCUCCAGGGACACCAUCCGCGACAUGUAUGCCCACGUGGAGAACUACAACGGAGAUGUACACCUGUGAAACACUCUGCGCAGUAGUCGAUCAGCAGCUUCUGGUCCCCAGAGAACCUCCAAUGCUGUUCACCCUCACAAGACAAUGCUGUCGCCAGAUGCUUCAGAAGCACCAUUCGCAGCAUCAGAACUAACAUCGAAUCUGGUACACUGAUCUUUCAAGACGGGGGAAGAGUGAUUUUUAUCUGUGAUUAAUGUUAUUUGGACUACUGUGCAGGGCAUAAAAUGUGAUACGCAGCAUUCGUUGGAUCAUUUGUGAGUUUUACACUACGGAUGUGAACUCCACUGGCGCCAUACGAUAGUGUCACCGACUAUGGAUUGUUCUGGAACUGGACUCACUAGAAGAGACAGUUCUCUUCAAAUUCUGACGAAUAAGCUCAAUGUUUCACAUGCAACAACCUGUUUACGUCGAAAGUACAGCUGGUGUCAAUGCUUUUCCUAGGCUCUCUCGUGGUAGCUACGUAAUACGUCCACACAUUUCGAGAAUUCUGACAGUAAUUGAUUGAUGUUGGGUGGACUGUUCACUUGUAUCAUAUUUUAACAAGAGUGGCAACAUCAAAAGUCACAUCUUGUGAUCAUUGACAUUCGGAAUGUCGUACGGUGAACUAGCUCUAGUUCAGGCACUAGAGCUCCUCAGUCUCCACAGAUAGCAUCCAGAAACAAAUACGUAGAAGCACGACAGACGUCACUUUAUUAGCCAAAAUCUAAAUGGAAUCACCAGACCCUAUACAAUGUGAUCGGGCUGAUUCAGAUUUCAUAUUUGAUACAGUAAAAGUUCUUUAUUGUGAAGUGAUAAUACAAGAAUAACAAUAAUCUUCUACUUAAGUAAUGGGCUACUAAAAUGAAUAUUUGUAUCGGUUGUCUCCAAAAUAAAGCGCACAAUACGAAUGGAUCAAUACUUCUGCUUAAUCCAGGUAUCUCGUCGUAGCUUUACUAAAUUUUUUCUACGAUAUUUGUUUCCGACUAUUCCUAAGGGUUUAGCGUCCAACAAUGAUUAAAGUCUUAAUUCAGGGGCAAACUUCAGCCUUGAAAGUUUGUGAAAUCUUUGUGGAAAUAGCAAUGAUACUCGUCCUUGCGAUUUUCUGUAUUUAUUGCAUAAAUUCAGUGAGAUAUGUUGUCUCUGCACAGAGAAGGGAAUUUGUAUUAACUUGUAAGAUACUCACCUGUAACAUUAUUAAUUGUGAGUGAGAUGCAGCCAUUGAUAACUGAUAACCCAGGUUUUCAAGUGCCUUCAGUAGCAUGAAGUCUCUACCUCAAUAGUGUCAGUGAAUGGAAAAAUAGUUCAUAAUAAGUCAAAAUUUUUGCAAAUAAAUUAUACAUCCCAUAUGAAACUCGUCACAACGCGAAAGCAUGACCUGAAACUUACUAGAAAUUAAUCGAAAUAGGAUUGCUUGAUUCAAGUUCUACAGCGACAAAUUGUUUCUGUGCAAGUAGAUUACUACUAUCAAGUGAACCUAACGGCCAUACAGAAACAACAAAUCAAAAUCAAAUGGAUAUACUCAUUGAUGAGUCUCUGCGAGUCCUUACCAGAGACUCAGGAAUGUGAACUGAUACUGUCGGUGAUGAUUUUUGCUUACGUUUUUGUGUAAUAGUUAUAUAAGCAAUGCGAUACUUAAGUGGAUCGGACAGCUGUAGCUUUCAUUAAAUGACAAAUAAAAUGAUGAUGGUGCUGAAUGAGAGACUGAAAGAGUUCUAAUAGUAAUACAAAUGUAUUACUGGUGGUGCUGAAUGAGACAUUGAAAGAGUGUUAGCACGUGAGAUCGUCUUGAGCGUUAACUUUAAUUUCAGGGGAAAUAUACGCUAAAUUUGACUCGUGUCUGCGGUUGGACAGUAGUGAAGUUUAAGUAUUUCUUUUUCUCAUUACAAAUAAGUAAUAAUUUUUUCUGUGUGUUCACUUUCUCAGAUAUUUACAAAUGUGUUUGUAUUUGUUUGGCUUAAGUCUUACACUUCUGUGUGCUCACAUUGAAAAGUAGUUGACGACACAGAUCAAAAUAUCUCCUUCCCUCCGUCUGCUCAAGAACGACCUCCCGCGAAACCUAGAGCGUGCGCCGCUCUCACAAGUCAUUCAUCGAUGAUCCCAGGCGAGAUCUCGUUACUUCCGAGCACAACGCACAAAAUGCAUCUUUAUUCCCAUGUAUAACGGUCUGAAGCUGGAAAACUAUCACACCUGACUUUUCAGUGUGAAGCUUUGAGACGGUACACUAUGCUGUUUGGGAAUGAUGUUCAGCAAUAUCAUCACAGAAUCCAGCGACCUCCCAAGGACCUGUAAUGAGGUUUUAAAAGUAGGUAUUGAAUGACUUGUUAUAGGCUGCUAGAUCUGAAAUAUAUCCCUAAAACAUCAGCUUGAAGCACGAUUGUAAAAAUUUAAAUGUGUAUUUUAAUUAAAGAAAAAUAUGUUAGUGUGCUGUACAAAUGGGAUCACAGGAAAUAUACGUGACAGGGGUACACCAGAAUGAGUGGUUUUAUAAUAGUUAUUACUUUAAUAUUUUAUAAUUUGUACAAAUAUCGGACAAAAUAAAAGCAAUGUUUCCUCUAUUUUGCAACAUAGAUGUAAAGUGUUACAAUAAAAAUCAAAUAACAGCUUGG